AUGAGGAGGGAUAGAAGAAGUAAUGACGUGAUAAUCACGUUAUUGGUGGGUUUCUCCUCCUCCUCCUCCGCCGGUCAUCUUCCUCCGUGGCUUCAAUCCUUACUAGUCGAGAAAUUCUUUAACGCUUGUUUAAUUCAUCAAGAUUUCAAAAAAAAUGAAAAAAAUAUCUUUUGUUUAGACUGCUGUGAAGGAAUUUGUCCUCAUUGUUUAUCUCUUCAUCGUUCUCAUCGUCUCUUACAGAUUCGAAGAUAUGUUUAUCAUGACGUUUUACGGCUUGGAGAUGCUGACAAAUUGAUGGAUUGUGGGUUUGUUCAGUCUUAUACAACAAACAGUGCAAAAGUUGUGUUUUUGAAACAGAGGCCACAGUCUAGGCCUUGCCGGAGCUCCGGCAAUAUAUGUGUUACCUGUGAUAGAGCUUUACAAGAACCGUAUUGUUUUUGUUCAAUUUCAUGCAAGCUGAAUCAUAUAAUAAGAACAUCUGGGAAUUUGUCAAAGUAUAUUGUGGAAUCGAAUUGUAUUAAUCUGCCAGACCCAGGUCUUGAAGAAGGACAGUUUACGCCGGAGUCGGUUAUUGAGCUCGUCGGAGUGAUGAGAACUUCAUCUGGGUCUAGUGGAGGAAGUGGCGGCUUCGCCGCUUUUACUGGCGAAUGUACGGCGGGGACGGGGGAGGUUGUUAGGAAGAAGAGAAGUAGUAUUAAUGGGUUUAGGUCGUCGUCGGCGGCGGAGGUGGAUUGUCGGGAAAUGAUGUGUUCGUCGGAGAUGGAGAUUCCGGUGGAAAUUAAUAACAGUCGCCGGAAAAGCACACCUCAUAGGGCUCCACUUUAUUGA